CUGUUUAGCGAGCGAGUCUUGGGCUGAUUAAGCAGAUGGGAAGUCAACAAGAGAAAUUUGUGUGGUGCGAUGGUAAUGGUUUUGGAAUGGAAGGGUAGACUUUCGUCCGUAAAGGAGUUCUUGGAAUUCUUUACAAUGAGACAUGCGCGUCAAAGUCGUUUUCUUGGGAGAUUUGCUGGUCUGGGACUUGGACCGGGACUUGGACUGGGUGGUGUUUUGCCUCCGAUGUAUUUGGUUGACUUUCUUAUAAGUAUUCUGUGGCGCUCAACUACAACAUCAUAUCUCCUUCACCAAAAAGCACAGGAAACAGUCUACGAAACCCGACCUUUACGGAGUUCAUACUGCAGGAGAUUAUUAUCCUGUUACUGUUGACACUUUUCUACAACCCGUCAGUGAUUGGCGAACACCUCAGGGCCUACGAUUGCCAUCAUGGCCAACACAACAAAGAGCAUAGAUCUGAACCUCGAUCGGACAGAAAGCAAUAAAGACCUACAGUUCACCGAGAGUGCUCAACGCCUGACUCUCGAUCCCAAAUCCCCAAAAUUCGACGCCCGCGCCUGGGUAGACGAACUCAUCCGGCUCGACGAAAACGAUCCUCGCAUCCCUCCUCUCAGAACCCUAGGAAUCGCAUUUAAGAGUCUAAGUGUCUCUGGUCAGAGCACUGAUGCCGAGUAUCAGAAGAUAGUUGCAGGAGUUUUCCUAUCUGCGGCAUCUAAAGCCAAGAGUUUGUUUCGUCACAAUGGUUCGGCGUCCCAGAAACAAAUCCUGAGAGACUUCGAAGGCGUCAUUGAUAAGGGAGAGAUGCUCCUCGUUCUCGGUCCUCCAGGAUCAGGAUGUUCGACUUUCUUGAAAACUCUCGCCGGGGAGACAGCGGGUCUACGGGUAUCAUCUGAUGCUGAAAUCAACUUCCGCGGCAUCGAUUUGAAGACAGUUCGGAAAGUUCUUCGUGGCGAUGUUCUGUAUAAUUCUGAGCUGGACGUUCAUCUACCGCAACUUACUGUGGGUGAUACUUUGAGCUUUGCAGCGAGUGCGAGAACAUCGAGGAUUGUUCCAGAGGGAUAUACACGCAAUCAGAUCGAUACGCUAUUCCGCGAUGUCAUCAUGCCCUUGUUCGGCCUUACACAUACCGUCAAUACUCGUGUGGGCGACAACAUCAUUCGGGGAGUUAGUGGCGGCGAGCGAAAGCGUGUCAGUAUUGCAGAAGCUGCAUUGACGGGAUCUAAGUUCCAAUGCUGGGACAAUGCAACUCGAGGUCUAGACAGCCAGAAUGCCAUCACAUUUGGCCAGAAUCUACAGUUACAAGCAGACGUCCUGGGUGUUGUAGCUGCUGUGUCAAUUUAUCAAGCACCGCAGUCCGCUUACGAUAUCUUCGAUCGAGUAACGGUGAUCUAUGAGGGACGACAAAUCUACUUUGGACCAGCCACUGAAGCGAGGGCAUACUUCGAAGAACUUGGCUUCGAGUGUCCACCCCGACAGACCACAGCUGAUUUCCUUACCUCUAUGACAAGUCCAAGCGAGUGUAAACCUCGUUCUGGAUGCGAAAAUACCGUCCCUCAAAGCCCUGACGAAUUUGCCGCCCGGUGGAAGACAAGCAAUCAGCGCCAAACACUACUCCGCGAAAUCGAAGGUUAUGCCGAUGCCCACCCCGCUGCCGAAAGACUCGAAGAAUAGAAGCAAAGCCGUCGAGCACAACAAGCACAACUUCUCCGCCCAAACUCCGCCUACAUGAUCUCCUACCCCUCCCAAGUAUCCCUCACACUAUGGCGAGCCUGGCGCAGAUUACGAGCCGAUCCAUCCUUCACAAUCAUCUGGUUGAUAUACCACGUCGUCAUCUCUCUCAUCCUAGGCAGCAUGUUCUACAACCUCGCCAACGACAGCUCAAGCUUCAACUACC